AUAAUAUUAUUUUAUAGCUUCAGACAUUAAAUGUAGCACAUGAGUCAUAUGGAGUACUUUUAUGACUUUUAUGGUACUUUAUAUUAUUCAUUAAGAAAGUAAUAUAGAGCUGGAAUGACAUGAGAUUAAGUAAAUGACGACAAAUGGGCGAGUUAUUCCUUUAAACUUUUGCUUUGUUGCUGUUUGAGGGUACUCAGAGUGGGGAAUGGAACAUUUCAGUAAUCUCCAGUAACAGAAGCUGAAGGGUGUGAGGAGACCCCCCUCCCUGUCUGUGAAAAUGGACACUGCAGGUGUAUUUAUAGACCAGACACAGUGAUGAGCACUCUUUUUUAAGAGACCAACGGUUGCACACAUUCGUCAUAACCAUAUGAUAUUUCAUUCUAGAAGCUACGUGCUCUUCUUUCAUAAUUUAAACGCUUUGGGAGGAAACACAGACAAAUCCAGUGUUCUGAGUGGAAGUACACAAAGAGAGAUACACUAAACUAAAGGGAGUUGCUAUGGAGAAGCCAGUUUUACAAUCGCAGUCCUCUAUGCUGCCCUUCUUUGAUGCAGCCCAUGCUGUCAACUUGCUCCGUGGUAUCCACGAGCUCCGCGCAGAGCGCAAGUUCUUUGAUGUCACAUUGUGCGCUGAGGGCAAAGAGUUCCACUGCCAUCGAACUGUGCUAGCAGCUGCCAGCACCUACUUUCGCGCUAUGUUUGCCGGUACGCUGCGAGAAAGUGUAAUGGACCGUGUGGUACUGCACGAGGUAUCUGCCGAACUCUUGGGCCUCCUGGUGGACUUUUGCUACACAGGCCACGUCACUGUCACACAUGACAAUGUGGAUCUCCUACUCAAGACAGCGGACCUCUUCCAGUUCCCUUCUGUCAAAGAGGCAUGCUGUGCUUUCCUGGAACAGAGGCUUGAUGUCUCCAACUGCUUGGAGAUCCAGGACUUUGCAGAGGCUUAUGCCUGCCAUGAGUUGGCCACUAGUGCUCGCCGUUUCGUGCUGAAGAACAUUGUGGAGCUGGCAAAGAGCAUGGACUUUGAAAGGCUGUCUUGGAAGCGACUACUGGAGUUUGUGUCUGAUGAUGGACUGUGUGUGGAUAAGGAAGAAACGGCGUACCAGAUUGCCAUACGCUGGGUCAAAGCUGACCUGCAGCACCACUUGCAUUACUGGCCUGAGCUGCUGCAACAGGUGCGCCUUCCGUUUGUUCGACGUUUCUAUCUUCUGGCCCACGUGGAGAGUGAUCCGCUGGUCUACUUGUCACCGGCCUGUUUGCGGUUGGUCAGUGAGGCACGUAGCUUUCAGUCAUACGAAUAUGACCGCCAUGACCGACCCAGCCAUCGAAUGCGCCCUCGUCCGUCCACUGGCCUGGCUGAAAUUCUGGUGGUGGUGGGAGGAUGUGAUCAGGACUGUGAUGAGCUUGUUACUGUGGAUUGCUACAACCCUCAGACUGGACAGUGGAGAUAUUUAGCUGAAUUUCCAGACCACCUUGGAGGUGGCUACAGCAUAGCAGCCCUGGGCAACGACAUUUAUGUGACAGGUGGCUCGGAUGGAUCACGUCUGUAUGAUUGCGUUUGGCGCUACAACUCCAGUGUGAAUGAGUGGACAGAGGUCUCCCCCAUGCUGAAAGCCCGAGAAUACCACAGCUCAUGUGUUCUCAAGGGCCAGCUCUAUGUGGUUGCUUUGGACAGCACAGAACGCUAUGACCAUAUCUUGGACUGCUGGGAGACCUUGCCACCCAUGUUGCAUCCCAUGGAUAACUGUUCUACCACGGCAUGCAGGGGACGGCUCUAUGCCAUUGGCUCAUUAACUGGAGAGGACACGAUGGCUAUUCAGUGCUACGAUGCUGAUAGCAAUUGCUGGACACUUGUGAACAGUGGAGAGUUGCCUCCGUGGUCUUUUGCCCCCAAACCAGUGACUUUAAACGGCUUGAUCUACUUCGUAAGGGAUGAUUCGGCAGAGGUUGAUGUCUACAACCCACAGAAAAACGAAUGGGACAAGAUUAGUCCCAUGACGCAAGUUCAUGUUGGAGGCAGUGUUGCAGCUCUGGGUGGUCGGCUCUAUGUGUCCGGUGGCUAUGACAACACAUUUGAGUUGUCCGAUGUGGUCGAGGUCUACGAUCCUGCUUCUCGAUCUUGGACCCCAGCCGGCCGCCUCCCCCAGCCCACCUUCUGGCAUGGAAGUGUUAGCAUAUUUCGACAGUUUAUGCCCCUGGUCCCUAGCACCUUUGAACCCAUCGACAUACCCGAGGCCAGUGUCAUCCACCUCCACAGACACCACCGCAACCAGGCACUUAACAACCACAACAACAAUGUCAAUCAGAACCACAACCAAGAUGUCAAUCAAGUGCAUUGAGAGCUUUUAAAGACACAAGACUGAAGGUUUCUUGGACGUUUGCAGAUGGACAUUAAUUUGACAUCGCUACUAAGUGUUUGCACUUUAUCACAUAUUCACCUCAACUGGGCAGUAAAGGGAGCUGGCGAAUAGACAAUCAAUGCUUACAUUAUUUCACCAAUUAACUCUUUAAAUGUUGCAUGCAGUCUAAUGCUUGAUGUGUUUACCAUGAACAGAGACUUAAAAAAAAGAAAAAAGAAAGUGACUUUAUGUAAGAGUGCCUAAAGCAUUUGAUGAUUUUCAAGCAAUCCAUAAUCCAUACCUUGGAAAUAUAUGGAGGUUCCACUCACUUUUUUAUAUUAUUUCACUAAAUUAAUCAGCAUGGACCUUUUAAUGUGAUCCAAAAAUUUGCAACUUCAAGUCCACAUCCCAAAGUAAACUUGUUCUUACCAAACAAACAAAACAAAAACAUUUUGAGACCCCAAGCAUUCCGAAAGUUGAAGGUUUGGAUUCACUUCGAUUGUAGAUGCUUCUUUGUAGCAUGAUUUAAAUUUCAGUAUUCUGCAAUGUGGAAAACAGAUGAUUGUUUAUAUAAGCAGAGAAGAGUCUGAAAUGAAUAUUUUGGAGAAUCCAAGACUUUCCAAAAACAAAAUAAUUCUGUUUGAAGGCCACAGCAUAACAUGUUUUUUUUUUUUCAUCUUGCUUGAACUGCAUUUGUCAGACAAUCUACAGUAUGUACAGUACAGUAUUUUCUGUGAACUUGUCAAACUCUUAUAUUUUAAUAAAUUAAGUUUAUUUAUAAAUAUUUAGUCAUCUUUUUUUUUAUUUUUUUUUUAUGGAAGGUAUGUAACAGUUUUUGAGUAACAGCUUGUUUGUAUUAUGCUGUUUGCUGAUGACAUGAAGAAUGACAUGAAAGUAUGUGAAGCUUUUUUAAUUUUAUGUAAAAUUGUAUCAGGAUUCUGUAAGAAUAACUGGAAGCAAUAAUUCAGUAACCCAUUCUUGUGUAAAAGUGUGUUUGAUAAUACCAUUACUUAUGAAACUGAUUAUUCACAAAGCGAUAAAGUGGUAAUUAACAUUUGUUAUUUUAUUUUUCUUAAGGAAUGUUUAGUUUGUUUUGUGGCCAAAGUAAUUUUUACAGUGUUGAUUAGAUGUUUUGAUUUGUGCCGUAUUGUUUGUGUGGUCAACAAAUAAAUAACAGGCUGCACUUUUACUUUGUCUUUUCAUUUAUAUAUAUAUAUAUACUACCGGUCAAAAGUUUUGAAACACUUACUCAUUCUUUAUUUAUAUAUAUAUAUAUAUAUAUAUAUAUAUUUAUUAUUAUUAUUAUUUGUUAUUAUUUUUUUUUUUCACAUUUUAGAAUAAAAGUCAUCAAAACUAUGGAAUAACAUAAAUGGAACUAUGGGAAUUAUGUUGUGACUAAAAAUCCAAAAUAAAUCAAAACUGUGUUAUAUUUUAGCAUCUUCAAAGUAGUCACCCUUUGCCUAGAAUUUGCAGACAUGUACGCUUGACAUUUUCUCAACCAACUUCUUGAUGUAUCACCCUGGGAUGCUUUUUAAACAGUAUUGAAGGAGUUCCCAUCUAUGUUGGGCAAUUAUUGACUGCUUUUCUUUAUUAUUUGGUACAAGUCAUCAAUUUCAAAAACUUUUUUUUUUAAUUAAAUUUUAGUUUUGUAAUUAAAUAGAUUAAUAUGGUGGCACAAUUAUAUUUUUGCUACAAAACUAAUUUCAAACAUUUAAGCAUACACCUUCAGAUCAAAAGAUUUUUAAAGAUCAUGAGAAACAUUUCGGUCAAGCGUUUCAAAACGUUUGACCGGUAGUGUAUAUAUGUAUUUACAGUUGUGCUCAAAAGUUUGCAUACCCUUGGAGAAUUGGUAAUAUAUGUACCGUUUUGAAAGAAAACAUGAGUAAACAGGCAAAACACAUUUCUUUUAUUUCUUAUGGGAUUCAUAUUCAACUGUAGGUUAUAACAGAAUGGCACAAUCAUAAAACAAAAUAUGGCAACAAAGAAAAAAAUGAAAUGUCCCCUGUUCAAAAGUCUGCAUACCCUUAGUUCUUAAUACUGUGUAUUGCCCCCUUUAGCAUCAAUGACAGCAUGCAGUCUUUUGUAAUAGUUGUCUAUGAGGCCCCAAAUUCUUACAGGUGGUAUAGCUUCCCAUUCGUCUUGGCAAAAUGCCUCCAGGUCAUGCAAAGUCUUUGGUCGUCUUGCAUGAACCUCACGUUUGAGAUCUUCCCAGAGUGGCUCGAUGAUAUUAAGGUCAGGAGACUGUGAUGGCCACUCCAGAACCUUCAACUUUUUCUGCUGUAACCACUGGAGGGUCAACUUGGCCUUGUGCUCACUGUCGUGCUGGAAAGUCCAAGAGCGCCCCAUGCGCAACUUUUGUGCAGAAUAAUGCAAAUUGUCUGCCAGUAUUUUCUGAUAACAUGCUGCAUUCAUCUUGCCAUCAAUUUUCACAAGAUUCCCCGUGCCUUUAGAGCUCAUACACCCCCAAAACAUCAGUGAGCCACUGCCAUGCUUCACAGUGGGGAUGGUAUUCUUUUCACUAUAGGCCUUGUUGGCCCCUCUCCAAACAAAGCUCUAUUUUGGUCUCGUCACUCCAAAUUACAGUGUGCCAGAAGUUGUGAGGUGUGUCAAGGUGUUGUCGGGCAUAUUGUAACCGGGCUUUUUUGUAGCAUUGGCACAGUAAAGGCUUCUUUCUGGCAACUCGACCAUGCAGUUCAUUUUUGUUCAAGUAUCGUCGUAUUGUGCUCCUUGAAACAACCACACCGUCUUUGAGCAGCCUGUAUUUCUCCUGAGGUUACCUGUGGGUUUUUCUUUGUAUCCCGAACAAUUAUUCUGGCAGUUGUGGCUGAAAUCUUUCUUGGUCUACCUGACCUUGGCUUGGUAACAAGAGAUCCUCGAAUUUUCCACUUCUUAAUAAGUGAUUGAACAGUACUGACUGGCAUUUUCAAGGCUUUGUAUAUCUUUUUAUAUCCUUUUCCAUCUUUAUAAAGUUCCAUUACCUUGUUGCGCAGCUCUUUUGACAGUUCUUUUCUGCUCCCCAUGGCUCAGUAUCUAGUCUGCUCAGUGCAUCCAUGUAAGAGCUAACAAACUCACUGACUAUUUAUACACAGACACUAAUUGCAAUUUAAAAAGCCACAGGUGUGGGAAAUUAACCUUUAAUUGCCAUUUAAACCUGUGUGUGUCACCUUGUGUGUCUGUAACAAGGCCAAACAUUCAAGGGUAUGUAAACUUUUGAUCAGGGCCAUUUGGGUGAUUUCUGUUACCAUUAUGAUUUAAAAAGGAGCCAAUCAUCUAUGUGAUAAUAAAUGGCUUCAUAUGAUCACUAUCCUUAAAUAAAAGACAGUUUUUUUGCAUGAUCAGUCAUAUUUUCAAAAUCAAUGCCAAAAUUUCACAAUUUCUGCCAGGGUAUGCAAACUUUUGAGCACAACUGUAUAUAUAUAUA